GAAGGUUCCAGGACGAGGAAGCCGAGCGAAGAGCUCAGCUGAUGCAACCUAACCUGAUCCACGCUACAGUUCCCGCAUACAGCGGCGGCGGCGGCAGCGGCGACUGAAGAAGGGUCCAGCGUGGUUACCAGCCUGAGCGCGGGAGACAGGGUCAGCGGAGCAAUGGGGGACACUCUGAGCCCUGAGGAGAAGCUGCACCUUAUUACCCGGAACCUGCAGGAGGUUCUGGGAGAAGAGAAGCUGAAGGCGAUCCUGAAGGAGCGGGAACUUAAAGUUUACUGGGGGACAGCGACUACAGGCAAGCCACAUGUGGCUUACUUCGUGCCUAUGUCUAAGAUUGCAGACUUCCUGAAAGCAGGAUGUGAGGUAACAGUUCUGUUUGCGGACCUUCACGCAUACCUGGAUAACAUGAAAGCCCCAUGGGAACUUCUAGAACUCCGAACCAGCUACUAUGAGAAUGUGAUCAAGGCAAUGCUGGAGAGCAUUGGUGUACCCUUGGAGAAGCUCAAGUUCAUCAAAGGCACUGAAUACCAGCUCAGCAAAGAGUACACACUAGAUGCGUACAGACUCUCCUCCAUGGUCACACAGCACGAUGCCAAGAAAGCUGGAGCUGAGGUCGUAAAGCAGGUGGACCACCCGUUGCUGAGUGGUCUGCUGUACCCUGGACUGCAGGCAUUGGAUGAAGAAUAUUUGAAAGUAGAUGCCCAAUUUGGAGGUGUUGAUCAGAGAAAGAUUUUUACCUUUGCAGAAAAGUACCUCCCUACACUUGGAUACUCAAAACGGGUCCAUCUGAUGAAUCCUAUGGUUCCAGGAUUAACUGGCAAUAAAAUGAGCUCUUCAGAAGAGGAGUCCAAGAUUGAUCUCCUUGAUCCGAAGGAGGAUGUGAAGAAAAAGCUGAAGAAGGCCUUCUGUGAGCCAGGGAAUGUGGAGAACAACGGGGUUUUAUCCUUCAUCAAGCAUGUUCUCUUUCCCCUCAAGUCCGAGUUUGUGAUCCUUCGAGAUGAGAAAUGGGGUGGAAACAAAACCUACACAGCUUACCUGGACCUGGAAAAGGACUUUGCUGAUGAGGUAGUGCACCCAGGAGACCUUAAGAAGUCUGUGGAAGUCGCCCUGAACAAGUUGUUGGACCCCAUCCGGGAAAAGUUCAAUACCCCUGCACUGAAGAAACUGUCCAGCACUGCCUACCCAGAUCCCUCAAAGCAGAAGCCACUUGCCAAAGGCCCUGUCAAGAAUUCAGAACCAGAGGCCAUCCCAUCCCGGCUGGACAUCCGUGUGGGGAAAGUCAUUAGUGUGGACAAGCAUCCAGAAGCAGACAGCCUGUAUGUGGAGAAGAUUGAUGUGGGGGAAGCUGAGCCACGGACUGUGGUGAGCGGCCUGGUACAGUUUGUACCCAAGGAGGAACUGCAGGAUAGGCUGGUGGUGGUGCUGUGCAAUCUGAAACCCCAGAAGAUGAGAGGAGUUGAGUCUCAAGGCAUGCUUCUGUGUGCCUCUAUAGAAGGAACAAGCCACAAGGUUGAGCCUCUGGACCCUCCUGCAGGCUCUGCUCCUGGCGAGCGAGUGUUUGUGAAGGGCUAUGAGAAGGGCCAACCAGACGAAGAGCUCAAGCCCAAGAAGAAAGUCUUUGAGAAGUUACAGGCUGACUUUAAAAUUUCUGAGGAGUGCAUUGCUCAGUGGAAGCAGAGCAACUUCAUGACCAAGCUGGGAAACAUCUCCUGUAAAUCGCUGAAAGGGGGAAGCAUUAGCUAGCUAAGCCAGCGUCUUCCUCCUUCUCCCAUCUUCCUGACUGAUCUGCUCUCUCCUCAGUUUGCUCCGUCCAUCACCUGUUUACCCAUCCCCCAGGACACUGAAGCAGGAAGCUUGGGACUUGAUUACGGGCAGAACUUGGUGAGAGGCAGCUCAGCCUCCCCCGAAUGCAGGAUCAUCCAGGCUGACCUCCCAGGUAGCAACGAGGGUGGGGCAGCAGCGAGCCCAGCUCUGCCUUCUUCCUUUGGCAGCUGACUUGAGAAAUCUGGUUUCAGUGUAAUUCAUAGAAAAAGUUUAUGCCACAACCCUUCUAAUUGGAAAAAUAUUGGUUCCCAAGUUUUCCUAGAGUUAUCCCAGCAGCUGUACCUCUGACUGGGUUCUGGUGUCUGACUGAACUUAAUUACAGGAAAUUGUGGGAUUUGAAAAGGAAAGGGAAGGGAAAACAAGAACCUUGUGGUCUACCAAGUGGUUGGCAGCUGUCCCCCAAUGCCUGCCAGCCCUGAGGCUUGGCACUGAGGGCAGGGCGUGCCCCAGGGCUCCUGGAAUUUCUCUUGAUCCUCUAAGUUGGGAUAUUCCCCAAACCAGCUGUGUGUUAACAUCAAAAGUAGAAUAGAUGGCACAGGCUGGUUCUUUCUUGAGAGAGGGUGGGGUACGUCUCCAUAAAGCAUCUCAGAGUCACUGACCAUCACUGUCAUGAAUUCAAAUAAAAUCUCUGAACGAG